AUGUCAUUUAUUGGACCUGCUAGACCCCCAUCAACAAAUAAUAAUAACAAUAAUAAUGAAAAGGAUGAUAGUAACAUAACAGGUAAAAAAAGAGUUGGCCCUUCAUUAGAAAAUAAUAAUGAAAAGAAAAUUCAAUUAGAUAAUAACGAUGAAAAUACAAUAAUGUCACCUCAACCACCUCCAAAUAGAAAACCAGUUGGUCCAAUACUAGAUGAUAAUGAUAAACAUGAAACUAUGUCGCCACAACCACCACCAAAUAAAAAACCAAUUGGUCCAAAAUUGGAUGAUAUUGAUUACAAUAACAACAACAACAACAAUAAUAAUAAUACAACACUUCAACCUAUUGUUAAAAAAAGAGUAAUGGGACCAAGGUUGGACGAUGAUCAAGAUAAUAGUAAUACUAAAGUUAAUAAUAGUAGAAAUAAUAUAGGGCCAGUUAUUGGACCAAGAUUCAAUGUAAAUAGUAGCCACAGCGAUGAUAGUGAUGAUGAAGAUGACGAAAAAGAAAGAAUUUCACAAGAAUGGCAAAGAGUUAGAGGAAAUAGUAAUAAUGGUAAUGAAUCAACCAAUAAUGGAAUUAAAACACCCUCACAAAGAGAAGAGUGGAUGACAAUGAUUCCCUCCUCCAAAGUAAGCUCAAUGACAAAUAGACAGUUUAGCCAAAAAUCAACAAUAGCUCCAACAACAACAGCACCCCCAGAUCCAUCAAAAGACUCAAAAGAAUAUUUCGAACAUUUAAGACAAUACGAAACUGAAGAAAAAAUGAAAGAAUAUAAUCAAAGUAAUAGAUCUCAAUCAUUAUUAGAAAUGCAUAAAUCCAAAGCAAGUGCCAAUCCGCAAUCAUCAGGAAAGAAAAAUUUCCACUUUGACAGAGAUGAAGAUUUACAAGUUGGUAAAGUUGAUAAAGAACAUUUAAAUAAUAUUGUAAAGGACUCUGGUUUAUUAAAUUCAAAAUUUGGUAAAAGUAAUUGGAUGCAGAAUGUUAUUAAUUGUCAGCUUAAUCUUUUGUAUGAUUUCAAUGUUUGUUUUCCUUGUUUUUUUUUUUUUUUUUUUUUUUUUUUUUUUUUUUUUUUUUUGGAACUAUCAGUACUAAUAGGUUUUAUUUCAUUUAUUAUUAUCUAUAGGGCUUGCCAAAUGCAAUGGAAAAAGAUUGUGAAAAUGGAAAAAUAA